AUGGCCGAGACUGUCACUCUAAAUAGCAAACCCAAGGUACAAGUGUUUGAUUCCGAGGAGGAUCUGGCGGUGUCGCUUGCUAAAUACACUGCCGAUUUGGCAAAUAAGUUUGCUCAACUGAGAGAUUCUUUCACCGUUGUUUUGUCCGGUGGUUCUCUUGUCAAGUCUCUCAGGAAAUUGGUGGAGCCACCGUAUGUUGAUUCAGUGGAUUGGUCGAAAUGGCAUGUGUUUUGGGUGGAUGAGAGAGUGGUUCCAAAGGAUCACCCUGACAGCAAUUAUCUCCUUGCAUAUGAUGGGUUUUUAUCUAAGGUACCAAUUCCUGCUGGUAAUGUAUAUGCUAUAAAUGAUGCACUAUCAGCCGAGGGUGCAGCAGAUGAUUAUGAGACCUGUCUCAAGCAUUUGGUCAAAAAUAAAAUAAUAGAUCAAUCUGACAGCAGUGGGUUCCCGAAAUUUGAUCUUAUGCUACUGGGUAUGGGCCCCUAUGGGCACGUGGCUUCUUUAUUUCCUGGACAUCCACUUUGUCAGGAAAAUGAGAAGUGGGUUACAUUCAUUAAGAACUCGCCAAAACCCCCUCCAGAAAGGAUUUCUUUCACCUUUCCAGUUAUCAAUUCCUCAGCAAAUAUAGCACUUGUUGUAGCCGGAGAUGGUAAAGCUGACGUAGUGCAUGCAGCACUUGGUGAUGGUUCAAAUUCUGACAAGUUGCCUGUGCAAAUGGUUUCGCCAGAAGGGGAAUUGACAUGGUUUUUGGACAAGGGAGCAGCUUCAAAACUGCAUGCCUGA